UCCUGUUGUUAACAUUUUCUGGCGUAAUGGCUACGUCCAUUGAUACUGCGACUGUAUUUGAUUGUCCAAUUUGUUUAGAAAAGUUAUCGACACCGAAGUAUCUUCCAUGUCUUCAUACAUUUUGUAAGUUGUGCAUUCAGACAUUUAUCGAAAAGUUUAAAAAUACGUCCAGUUUUCCAUGUCCCGUAUGUCGACUUGAAGUCUCCACUCCGGAUGCAAACAUUUCCUCUGAGGAAUGGGCCAAUAAAUUACCGCUAAAUCACCUUCUACUAUCACUUCAAGAUGUCUCAGAGAGAUCGAAUAAUUCUCAAGAUGUUUUAUGUGAACCUUGCAAACGUGCUAAUGAAACAAAGAAUGCCAAGUUCUACUGUCGAGAUUGCAUGGACAGUUUGUGUGAAAAUUGUUUUACAUACCAUCAUAGACGAAUUCGUCGUUAUGAAAGCCACACUGUUGUAGACAUUUCAAAGUGUUCACAAGAGAUCCUCUCGGGACAACUAUUGGACAUAGAAGAGCCAUGCACAAUUCAUAAAAACAAAGUCCUAGAAGUGUACUGCUUUGACCAUGAAGUUCUUUGUUGCAGCGUCUGCUUUGCAACAUUGCAUAGGAAAUGCGACGAGGUAAAGUCACUUGAAGAAGUUGCCGAAGGAAUGGGAGAAACUAUAGAUUCAGUUAAUAUUAUUUCCACAUUAGCUUCAAUUAAAGCAAAGACAGACAUAGAGAUCAGCCAAACAAAGAAUAACUUCAAACAACUUGAAGACAAACAGGCGGAAAUUGUAGAGUUGGUUGUGACUCAUGUUGAAGAAGCUAAAACUAAGUUAGAAAUGCUUAAAAACAAGUUCAUUAAAGACUUUCAAAUUGUGCACGACAAUGAAAUAGGUCAUUUGUCAAAUACAAAGGCCUAUUUAGAAGAAUUUUCAAAGUCUCUUGCAAGAUCCGAAAAGAUGCUCAGUGUUACAGCUUCCAAUGGUAGUAAAAGACCAUUGUUUCUAGCACUGGAGAGAAUAAAGUCUGAAGUGUCCAACCAUUUACAUCAGCUCCACAAACAAACGGAAAAUCUAAGUAACAUAAACUAUUAUUGGGAAGAGAAUUCAGUCAUCAAUGAUAUUCUUGCUGAGGAGAGUGUUGGAAAUCUGCAAGUCCAAAAGUCAGAGAGAAGCAUAAUCGAUAAUUUGAAAAAAGAAGUGGAUUCGUUUAAGAUAGCCACCAGUUUACGAAAGAAUCAGGGGUCAAGACCCAAAUUUACAGUAAAUGAAAGUUCAUACGAUAUGCCGGUCAGUAUGCCUCCCCAAAUACUUAAAAGAAAACAAAAACGUACGAAGAAAGUCGAACCUACUAAGGUUGCUUCCAAACUAUGUAAUGAAUACCAAACAACCACUCUAUCCGUUACAGGCCUAAUUGUGAGUGAUAAACAAAAUCCUUCAACACCAAGUCGGGAGAUAAUUUCCGAUUAUCCCAAAUGUUCCGAAGAAAGUCUUGACAAUAACCAUUUGUUCUCACAAACUGAUUAUGAUAAGGAAAUUGUAGAAAUACCAAAUAACAAUGCAACAAAGGCCGAGAUUAAUGACAAUGAGAAUAAACCACGUAAGCUAUCUGCACCAACACGAUGCGAAUCAUUGAAAACAACACGGGAGUCAAGAAAAGCACAAUGUUUAAGCGAUGAUAAGCCUAGGGGACACAGUAAUUCCUGGUCAUUGGCUGAUUAUGAGUCCAGGCGUGGUACUUCUCGAACGGUUCCUGUCUAUUACCCAAGGUCCCGAAAUUUUAACCAGGAAAAUGCCGAUAUUUAUAUGCCUCCUGAGAGUAAAGAAAAUUGA